AUGUUUGGUUUUCUCUGUUCAAGACAGCUAGAAGUACUCAAACACAGGAGGACCCAUUUAGGUUUUCUUCAGCAAAAUGGUUUCUUUAUUGUCAAAUCGUUUACAUCAGUAGGUAGUUUAGUUGAAUCUAAUGAAAAACCAGAAGAGGAGAAACAUUAUUUUGCAGUGUCUUACCUCAUAAACUCUUGUGGGUUGUCCGCAAAAUCUGCAAUUUUAGCAUCCCAGAGGGUAGUAUUUCAGAACCCAGAGAAACCAGACUCGGUUCUAAAUUUUCUUAAAGAGAAUGGAUUCAGCAAUGCCCAGAUCUCCCAAAUCGUCAGGAUGCAUCCACAGGUUCUUUUAGCUCAUCCUGAGAAGACCCUUUUGCCCAAGAUUGAGCUUAUGCGUUCCAUAGGGGUUUCGAGCUCUGACCUCAUUCCCAUCCUUUCUUCAAAACCAUUUCUGUUCAAAACCAACUUAGAGAAACGUAUUAUCCCCUGCUAUGAUUUCCUUAAGACUGUACUUGUUGACGAGAAAGUCCUGAAAACUUUCAAGCGCUCAACACGUUCUUUUCUAUGUGAUGUAACGAAUACUGUGGCUCCUAACAUUGCACUUUUGAGACAACUUGGAGUGCCUCUAUCUAGAAUCUCAUUCUUCGUCAGUAGUUAUCCCUCUGUAGCGUUUAUUAAGCAUACUAGGUUUGUUGAGGCUGCCCAACAGGUUACAGAAAUCGGAUUCGAUCCCUUAAAAACGGAGUUUGUCCUGGCAAUCCAAGCGUUAUUGAAGAUGAGUAAACAAAAGCUGGAAUCAAGAUUGGAGCUUUAUAAGAGGUGGGGUUGGUCAAGGGACACGGCCCUCGCAGCAUUUAAAAGGCAUCCAAAUUGUAUGGUAGUUUCAGAAGAGAAUAUGACGAAAACAAUGGAUUUCCUUGUGAACAAAAGUGGUUGGCCAUCAACAGAUAUUGCUUCAAUUCCUCGAGUUAUAAAUAUAAGCUUGGAAAAAAGAAUUAUCCCUCGGUGGUCAGUUGUUCAAAUUUUGCAAGCCAAGGGUUUGGUCAAGAAUAACUUGGCCUUGGCGACUUUCUUGCUACCGAGUGAGAGGGUGUUUUUGGAGAAGUUUGUGAUCAGAUUUCGGGAUGAUGUUCCUCAAUUGUUGAAGGUAUAUCAGGGUAAGAUGUCUGCUUGA